AUGUUUACCCCCUUCUCCUCGAUAAACUCCAAAAGAACGUCUCAGGACGCUCUGAAAAUCCUUGUGAGGAGUUCACCGAAAGAAAUCGAUGCAGGCUCUUGUUCUUCGGGUCAAGGAAUAUUCAGGAGCGAGAGCAUACACAGCGAUCCUCCAAGUGGCUGCAUCUUCAGCACGACAGAUAGGAGCAAUACAAUAUUCCCCAAUGCGGCGCGGAAACCCGGUAGCAGGCUGGGUCUGAAGCGAGUCGUGACGAAAACGAUGAAUGAGGGUCCCCCGAACAAGAAGGAACGAGAAGCUACCCCCCUGCCGAAAGGGACUCGAUGCUUCAGCGUGCUGUUCGCUAAACCCCAGACAAAGAAGAAUAAGACCUGGGAGAACGACGGCUAUCUAAUCGUGAAGAAUAGUUCCCUGACGCUCAAAAGUACUCAGGGCGAUAUCGUCUCCUGUGGACGGCUCAUCAGCCAAGUUCUUGAGGAAGGCAAUCAGUUCGGAGUCGGGGAUAAGGUCGUCCAGAUUCAGGACGAGCUCCUCGAGCUGCCGCUCACAAUUCAAGGCUGA